AUAUCACAAGCAAAACGUACUUACGUAAAUUUGUUGAAUUUAUGUGCGUACCUUCAAACCUGUUUUACAUGGUAGAUUUGUUCCUGAAGAAAGGCAUAAAUCAGAAGUGGCCAACACUUCGAUCGCGAUCAAGUAAACUGUUCAAGAAGAAGCCGGUCGAGGUUUUCGUGAAAACGAAGAUGACGACGAGCGUCGCCAAGAAGCGCUUCCUGGUGAACCAGAUGCCGGACUUCGCCGAGAACCAGGUGGAGGUGCCGACGGAGCAGAUAAUCAAGCAAAUCAACGAGUACAUAUCGGAUAUAAGGGAGAACUUCCAGCCGACCGAACGUAAUGGGAAGGACGGGCUGUAUUUGGGUACGGCCGGCGUCGCCUACAUGUACUACCAUUUGAGUAAAGUGCCGGCGAUGGGUGCGCGCAGAGAGGAGUUGCUGAGGGAAGCUGUGGAGUAUUUAAGACCGGCCCUCGAUGUGUGCACUUACGAAGUGAACGAGAUGAAUAUACCGGGUCUUCUGCUCGGAAAUUGCGGUGUUUAUGCAGUCGCCUCGGCUGUGUUCGCUGCAACAGGAGAAGAGAAGGAAAGUCUUCGUUACAGAGAGUUGUACAACGAUGCGGCGAAGUACUGCAAGGAAUUGAAUUUCCUUCCGUACGGAUCCGACGAGUUGUUCGUCGGAAGGGCCGGUUACAUCUGCGGCGCUAUAUGGAUGUCCAGGCAAACGGCGAAAGCGUUCAAAACCGAAGACAUCUUCGACUUGUGCAGAAUCGUCGUCCUAUCCGGAAAGCAGUACGCUCAAUCUACGAAGACGCCUUCAUCCCUAAUGUAUUCCUAUUACGAUGUCGAGUAUUUAGGAGCAGGUCACGGUAUAUGCUCGAUCCUUCUAAUCCUCAUGUCCGUCCCAGGAUAUCUGGACGCGAAUCCCUUAGACGCUAAGGUGGUUCAGGAUGCCGUCGAUUACCUUCUAUCUUUGCAAGAUGAGCACGGUAACUUUCCAGCAGCAACCGACGAGAUCAAGAAUCAGAGCAACGAGUUGAUCCAUUGGUGCCACGGAGCCGGGGGCGUCGUCUAUCUGAUGGCGAAGGCGUAUCUCUCAUGGAAAAAUGACAAGUAUUUGAAGGCUUGCGAGAGGGCGGCCGACCUGAUCUGGGAGAAGGGUCUGUUACGUAAAGGACCUGGCCUGUGCCACGGCGUUGCGGGCAACGGUUACGUUUUCCUGCUGCUGCACAGAUUGACCGGCAAAGAUAAAUACUUGCAUAGGGCCAUCAAAUUCUCAGAGUUUCUCGAGGACGCCCACUUCAAGCAGAUGGCACGCGUUCCGGACAACCCGCACAGUUUGUUCGAAGGCAUCGCAGGAACGGUUUGCUUCCUCUCCGAUAUGCUGCAGCCCCAAAACGCGGCCUUUCCCUUCCUCGACGUCUUUUAAUUCAAUCAAAUUCUUAAUCACUCAAAUUCAAAUCCCAUGUUUAUUGUAAAUCUAUUCGAUUUAAUAAAAGAUGUUUGUUCUGUUUCAUAA